AUGAUAACUUCCAACCUAAAAACCCUCAUAGUUCUCACAAUCUUCACCCUUACACUAGCGCACCCAAACCCAUCACGUACCCUCCACGCCCGUUCAUCAACCUGCACCCCAACGGCAGGCGGGUCCGAAUCCACCGACGACGUCCCUGCCAUCACAUCUGCAAUUCAAUCCUGCGGCGAUGGCGGUACGAUUGUUAUACCGUCCGGUAGUACAUAUUAUCUGAACAGCGUACUCGAUUUCUCUGGAUGCAGCGGGUGUGACUUUCAGGUCGAGGGACUACUCAAAUUCAGUUCAUCGACGAGUUACUGGGGAGGGCGGACGGCCAUGAUGAAUGUUGAGGAUAUUGAUGGGAUUAAGAUUCGCUCUGUGACGGGGGAUGGGGUUAUUGAUGGGAAUGGACAGGAUGCCUACGAUCUCUUCGCGGAAGAUAGCAGCUACCAGCGCCCGACAUUGCUGUACAUCACAGGCGGAUCUAACAUCCAAGUAUCAGGUUUCCGACAGAAGAACCCGCCGAAUGUUUUCAAUUCUCUUAAAGGCGGCUCUACGAAUGUAGUCUUCUCAGAUCUGGAGCUGGACGCCACCUCCAACAGCGAUAAUCCACCCAAGAACACCGAUGGAUUCGACAUCGGCGACAGCACUUCAGUCACACUUAGCAAUAUCAAAGUGACCAAUGACGACGACUGCGUGGCGUUCAAACCCGGUGCAGACGGAGUCACCGUGACCGAGAUCACCUGUACCGGAUCGCACGGCCUCUCCGUUGGAUCACUAGGCAAGAGCUCAGAUGACACCGUCAAGAACGUAUACGUCUCCGGUGCGACGAUGAUAAACUCCACCAAAGCAGCAGGCAUCAAAACCUAUCCCUCGGGCGGAAGCCAUGGCACAUCGACAGUGACGAACGUGACAUGGACGGAUAUCACAGUCGAGAAUUGUGACUAUGCGAUCCAGAUACAGAGCUGCUAUGGUGAAGAUGAAAGCUAUUGCGAAGAAUAUCCCGGAGACGCGGACUUGACGGAUAUAGUUUUCAAUGCGUUCAGUGGAACGACCAGUACCAGCUACGACCCUGUCACUGGCAAUCUGGACUGUGGCGCUGACGGGACUUGCGGCGUUACUGUCACCGAUUAUACGGUGAAGUCACCGUCAGGAGCGGGGGAGGUUCAGUGUGCGAAUACACCCUCGGAUCUGGGGGUAACCUGUACGUCUGGUGCGUCGGGGUAG